CUUAUCUCUGCUGUUCUGUCACCUACUAUAAGAACUGCAUGAGUUCAGUUUCUGCUCUUCUGACUGGAGCCAUGAAUCUCACAGGUCGUCUGUCCCUGCUGCUUCUCACUGCUUAUGUGGCCAGUGGUGCUCUGCUGCCCAGGGCCUUAUGGCAGUUUGGGAACAUGAUCCAGUGUGCUCAGCCGGACGUAAGCGCCCUAAAGUACAAUAACUACGGCUGUUGGUGUGGUCUCGGGGGGUCGGGAACUCCUCUGGAUGAACUGGACGAGUGCUGCAGAGUUCACGAUAAGUGCUAUCAAACAAGCAGGAAGGCUCCUGGAUGCACGGCUCUUGUUGACCUUCCCUAUGUCAUCGUUUAUGAUUUCACCUGUUCAAAUCAGCAAGUGACAUGCUCUGCGACCAACAAUAAGUGCCAGGCUGCUGUGUGUGAGUGCGACCGGGUGGCUGCUCACUGCUUCGCCCGGACCACAUACAACCCUGAAAACAAGAACGUGGAUCCCAAAGUCCAAUGCCUCGACUGAGUUACACUAAAAAAAAAUUAAAAAAAUCACAAGAGACAAUGUUGGGUUUCUAACAUGUAUCUUUAAAACUUUUAUUUCUUCAUAAUGUUUUAACAACAUUUGAUUAAGAAGAAGUUUGAUUUGGUAAAAAAUAAAAGGCAUGACUGGAAAUAAAA